AUGUACGAUGAUCUUAAGAAAGCUGGGGUGGAGAUCACGGAUAACACCGGGAUCGUCAACAACAACGACUCGAUUCAGACCUUCUCUGUAGCGACUUUUCGGUCUUUUGUGGCUGAGAAAAUGGGUAAAAAAACCGAGGUGGGGCAUUUUACUUGGAAUAGAUGGGUCCCUAAUAAAGUGUUACUCUUUGUUUGGAAACUCAUUCUGGGGGGCAUCGCUACAAAAGCAGCUUUGGAUCAUAGAGGCAUUAAUCUGGGGAACUUGGAGUGUGGUAUUUGCGGCGGUGAUGUUGAGACAGUUAACCAUCUUACGGUCGAAUGCACUUUGGUAAAAGCGGUUUGGUGGCAUGUCUUCAACUGGAUCAAGAUCAGCGUUAGCGCUCAAGUGUCGGAUUUCAAUAGUUUGCUGGAUGAAGUUUACAAACAAAAGGGUUCAAAGAUUUGGAAAAAAACCAUUGAAGUGGUUUUGUACGCUUCUGUCUGGAGAGUUUGGAAAAGUAGAAAUGGGAAAGUUUUUGAAAACAAUCCUUUCUCGGUUCUGAAGGUAGUCGAGGAGAUUAAAGAAGACUCAUACUUUUGGCUAAUACAUCGGUCGUCGUUUAGUAAGCUCGAUUGGAUGAGAUGGAGAGACUUCAAUAUUAGAGAUAUCAUUAUGUAA